AAAUUUGGUUCUACCUUCGAGUUCAAGUGUCAGCGAUUUUUCAGAUCACAUGAAAUGCUGUGGGUUCUUUUGUUGUGGCAUAUCGUAUCUGUAGCAAAAUGUGCUAGGGAGGUUUCUCUGAGUCAUCCUACAGUGCUGUUACCUUUUCAUCAGUCUCAGCAAUUGAUUAACUUCACAAUACAUCUAUCUUCUGGUUGUGCAAAAUGGUCGUCUUCUCGUCCAAAUGCGGUGAAAUUGAUUCAAGGUAUUGAAGCAGAAAAUGGGAAAGAUUCGAGUUGUGUGAAUGAAGUGACACUAUGCGCAACACAGAAAGAACCUCAUCGUAUUUUUUCAGUGGUUCAAGCUGAUGUUAAGCAUGGAGGCCCACCGUUGGUAUCAGACGUUGAGGUGAAUUUGAUCAAAAGGAUUAGCAUUGUGACGACAACCAAGAUACUCUACAUCGGAUUUCCUUUCACAGUGUUUUCUGUUCACGCUUUUGACGAGAAUGGAAAUCUUUUCACGACAAUUGAAGGGAUUCCAUUCGUGUGGAAAGUUCUACCUGAUGAAUCAAGUCUGUACCCGGAACACACAGGAUCGAAUGUAAUGAGGAUUCUAAAAUGGUCUGAGGUGUCCAACGAGCCUCCAGCUGCAAUUGCGGAAUUAGAGAAAUCUGGAAAGCGAGGGAGCUCUGUUGUCAUAUCCGGACUAAAAAUUGGCGUCGCUUUCAUUGAAACCAAAAUCUCCAGUCCGGUAUACUCAGAGGUCGCAUCUGAUAGAGUGCGUGUGAUUGUGAAGGAUUUUUUGAUGCUGAAACCAUCGGGGUUUGUUGCGAUAAUAGUUGACCAAUUGCUCGACAUUGAGUGUUUCAACAUGAAUUUCAAUAGGAGAUCUAAACUGAACCUACCAACCGAUACCUACUGGCUUGCAUUGAACUCAGACGAACAUCUGCACCUGUAUGACGGUAGCUCCAGUAUGAAAGGCUUGACGCUCGGCGAGACUGCAGUAUGUAUUGCAAGCACUAUUCCAAACGACGAUUCUGGUCCGUGUGUUGACGUACUAGUCACUGAGCCGUAUUAUGCAAUCUUUUCAAGUGAACCCGAACAUGACUGGCUUCUAGAAGUUGGUCUGCAGUACGAAAUUGAGGUGCACUUUUAUGAUCGAAGUGACAAUUUGAUUCAUGCUGAGUCACUUAUUGCGGAAACGACUCAUGAGGAUGACUUCGUGAAACUUGAAUAUAUUUCGAAGAAUGGAAGCUAUUUAAGAGUGACACCUCGGAAAGUGGGACAGUCCAAGUUCGUUUCGCAGCUGAAGUCAGUUAUGGGGUACAAAGAUGAAGUUGUUCAAUUGUCUGAGAAGUAUCAAGUUCAGAAGACGCAGAGCUUCAAAAUUAUCGAGCCAGUGUCUGUGGUACCGAAGAGGCUCGGAUUCGUGUGGCUGCCCAAUCACGAAAACAGCCACUCACACCAUUUAGUUGCAACCGGAGGUUCUGGAGUGUACAAAUGGGAAUCCGAGAACAUCCGUGUCGUGACAGUAUCUAAAGAUGGAGUCAUCGAAACAGCAGGUACACCCGGAUUGUCCCUGAUCACAGUCACUGAUAGGCAAAUGUCACAUCACUACGACACUUCGAAGAUACUUGUAGGACCACCUGUAAAAAUUGUACUCUCGCCUUACUAUGUUGAAGGCCAAGUGAACUCGGACUUGUUGGUCCCAAUUCGAGUGUUUGUGGCGAAAGACAUCCUUAAACCAGAUGAGUUGUUUGAAGUCGCAGAUUGUGCAGGCUUACCAUUCAGAGUUGAGUUCUCAAAUCCAGGUGUUUUCGAGUUUUUGGCUUCAGUUGAAUUGCAGGACCAACCAUACAAUGAGGGAUGCGCUUUGCUUUGGUUCAAUACAACCGGACCUGGUUUUACGAGAGUAACUGUUAAACUUCAAAAUGUUGAAAACCAAACCACACUGGGAGGGUUCCACGCAUUGCAAAUUAGAGACCAUUCAGAGACAAUUGUUUUGUCAUUGGGUUCUUCGGUCAAAUUGGUCACUCGAGGUGGUUUGCUUCCCUGGGAACUCGAUCCAUCAAAAUUCUACCGUACUGUUGAAAUUUCCGAGACCAAAUUCAUCAAACAAUUACCGCAAGGAAGUUCCAUGACCGGAAAUAACGUAUUUUCAAUAGUUUGUAACGCACUGGGAGAAAGUCAGUUCAUAGUAACUAGCGGGAAUAAAGUGACAGCGAACAAUAGGCAUCCACGACAGAGCUCGGUUUCAAUUGCUUUCAAAUGUAGUCCGCCUACUUCACUGAGAAUCGUUCCGAUUCCAGAAGUUCCAGACUGUCCGCCGUAUCGCAAUCUGCACACGGAAAAUCUUCCGGUGCUUGUUGGCGACGAUCAAAAGCUUUUGGUUGUGGCAAAAGAGUCUUCUGGUUUGACCUUCACAAACUUUUCAUCGCUGCAUUUUACCAUUUCGGGCUGCUCUGAUAAGGGGAAGAUCCAUCUUGACAAGUUUCCAUUGAUGGACGCUCUCUUUGAAGAUUCACAUGACUGCGUACUUGAAAUUCAGCUAUCCGGCUACAAGAAAAGUUUUUAUUUUCGUGAAACGUACGAGGCAGUAUCAACUUCUCUGAAAAUAUCUGCGAAAACAGCGCCUAAAGUCGAGGCUGCAGAGCUUUCUAUAUUCAAUCAUCCGUCAAACUCUAAAACUAUAGCGGUAAUAGGAGGAUCAGGUUUCUUCACAUUGUCUUCAAAAUCUAACCCGAGUGUUAUAACUGAGGUCAGCUUUGAUUCCAAGAGCAGUCUUCUGACUGUAACACCAGUUACAGACGGACGAGAACUAAUUACGGUACGAGACAUGUGCUUUCCUUCUUUGAAUCAUCUUCAGUUUGAAGUAAUUAUUUCGAGUAUUGGGACUAUAAAUGUAAAGAGCAAGCGUUUGAUGCAGUUGAACUCAAGCGACCUUUUGGAAGUGCAAGUCAUGGAUAGUAACGGGUGGAAUAUUGAAGCUAAAAUGUUCCCCGUGAUAAACUUGACUUUGAUUACGUCGAAUGACGUCAUUAAUUUCAAACCAGAAGAAGUCAAAGACACCCAGAAUCAAUUUUCGAAGUUCUACAAAAUGUUUGCUCGAAAGGUAGGAACAAUGCAGCUGCACUUUACAGCGACUCUGAGUUCGGGGCAGAUUUCAAGUCAUCAACAUGAAAUUCAAGUGUUUAGUCCGUUAGCUGUUUCCCCAAGUAUUGUGUACAUGCUUCCUGGACAAUUUUACCAGAUCAAAACAACGGGCGGACCUCAACCUCUGCCCGCUCUGAAGUACAAGUUGGACGAUAAAAAUGUUGGCACGGUUUUAGCUUUAGGUCUGUUUGAAGCAACGCAAGUUGGUUCGUGUGUGGUAAAUGUCGAAAUCAUAGACAACAAUGAUUUUUUCAUUCUUUCAAAAGCUACAGUUCAAUUUCAUGUAGUCGAAUUGACAAGCAUUGAGUUACAUGUUGCCCUCUCGCAUUUUCCAACUGAGUCUAUUGUUCCAAUAUACGUGACGGGUAACAAUGGAAAAUUAACUCCCCUGACCAUGAACUUGGGAUUGAACUUUGAAUGGUCUGUGGCGAAUAGCGAUGUAAUUGAAAUGAUUCCUCAGCAUGAGUUUUCGGGCAUCGUGAAUGGACUUGAAGCCAAUUUUGCAAUCCGGAUUCUCGGAAAGAAUCCAGGAAAUGCGGUGAUCAAAGUGACUGUCACUCAAAAGGAUAAUCAAUGGGUAUCGAAAGCUUUAAUUGCUGGGGGUCAGAAACAGUUGAGUGCAGAAGCGAAUGUUGAGAUAUACCAUAGGCUAGAGUUACAUGAGCCCAGGCACAGGUAUGAGAAUAAAUUGAUAAUGACGCCCAAGUCUUCAAUGUACGUGAGAACGAAUCAGAACUACGCAAACUUUGACAUGGUGCAUCACAGCGAACCAGAGUUAGUCUCAAUCGAUCACAGAGGUCUAAUAUCAUCCGGAGAAAACGAAGGAACGUCUGUUUUGAUGGUCAGAACAACUGCUCGAAAUGGAGUAAAUCAAACUUACUCAUUGAUAGUAUCAGUGAAGCAUAUAGCUUUUGUGAGGAUCCAAACAGAUCCCAUUUUCCCGGAAAUAGAAGCUCAUUGCAAGUUGACAGUCAUACCGCAGGGAACUUCGACAAAUCUUCUGGUGACGUUUCACGACGAUAGAGGUCACGCCUUCAAUGCCGUUAACGCGAAGAUGAACUACGAGGUAAACAGAAAUGAUAUAGGUCAAAUCAACCCGGGAAGCGUGAAUCAUUCUUUGAUGUUCAGAAACUCGGAUCGAGGUAUAUCUGCACUGAAAGUUUGGACUGCAACGAACGAUGUUUUUGGAACUGUAGUCUCAGACUACUUAGCGCUUAAUGUCGACAAUGUCAUCGACGAUUCUCAGUUUUCUCGUGGCUUGCAGGUCGGUGACGUUGUUUGCCUCUCGUCGCCUUUCAGUGGGCAAUCCUCUGCGACGUGGUCUGGUGAUUUAGAUAUUUUGAAAGUGACCUCUGAAUCGGGAAUGGCGAUCGCAGUUGGAUCCGGUCAGUCUGAAUUAAAGCUGGCGAUUGGGUCCCAGAAAACGUUUAAGAGAGUUCAAGUAUCAAAUUCAGAGCAACUUGAGUUGAAGCCGCGAGGAAAAUUAGACGCAGUUUUCCCAUCUGAGGAUGGUUUCUACUUGAAUUUGAACAAAAUUGUUUAUUGCGAGAAUAAAGCACAGAUGAAUUCGUACAGCCCUGAUUUGAGUUGGCUCAAAUGUACAGCUUGGUUUGAUUCCGAUACUGCUCAUCUUAAUCCCCAACUAAGCGCCAAACCAAUUUUUGAAAGUGAUCACGGGAUAUCAUGUGAGCUUCGAGUUAAACCAACAAAGCCAGAACAACGUCAGGCGUUGGCCUCAUUAGCAUCGUCAGUUAACCUUCAGGCAACGGUUCUACCUAGUGUAAACCGACUAGCAGUUUCAAGUCCCAUAGUGAAAUUGAAAUAUGCACCGUUAUUUCACGUUAGCACAAACUCGAUCAUUUUGAGCAACCAUUACCCAUCGGCCGAAGUGUUUGUGAAAUCAACAGUUGACGUUGUGAACAAACUAGAAAUUAUAGCCAAAACGCAGAGUCUCUUUACAGUUGAGAAGCUUUUCCAGGGCGAAAAUCUAAAAAUAACAGUUGAGCUUCUACCUCAUGCUUUUAGCAGGUCAAGUGGAACUGAAAAUCUUGCAAUCGAAGUACGUUGCGGCUUGUCUGGAAAAUCCGAAAUCAUCAAUGUUUACAUUCAGCUAGCCCCAUUUUCGACCGAUUCUAUCAUCGGUUCGAAAAAAUCUGCUCUGCAUUAUUUGAACGAAAACUUCGUUUUCUACAUACCAGUGACUCUUACAGUGGUGUGUUUAGUUUUUGGAUACUAUAUUAUGAUGCUGUACAAGCAACAGAAUCAGUUGAUGGACAUCUCUUUAAAUGAAGGUCUCGCAAACUCUCCGAGACGAGUGAGGUUGAAUGACAAUUCUUUCUAUCCGAACGCGGGUGGCGGAGCUGGAGACGCGCCUAGCUUCAUGAACCGAUCGGGGUCGCCAGGUGCGACACCUUUUCCUCGUCAGUUUUCUCGGCUGAGACAAAUGAGUAGCCUGAAUAGGUCUGCUUUGAACUCCUUGGAUGAUAGUGUAAACUUGGGUGCGUCUCCGUGGGCUAAUUCUGCCCGUUCUUCUUCCCCAGGGCGUGUUCAGCUAUGGUCUCAGACAUCUCCUUCGCCCAAUGCAGCUAAGGGGUCCUAAAAACUAGGAUAAAGAGUGUGCCACAUUAACCUUGCCGAUAACUGAACUUUUCUAGCUGAAAACUUGAUAAUGGAAGAUUUUGUUAAAAAUUGCAGAUAUUAAAUGGCCAGUUUUGUUAAGAAGUAUGCAAACUUUGUUGAUGUUUUGAAAAUAGCAAGAUUUUUUAUUAUUACCUCCAUGUGUGAGAUUUGUUAGCAAUCAUUUGAAGUAAUGGUGCAAACCUUGCUGAAUGCGUCAUAUUUCUGUUUAACUAUUUUUGCUUUUGUUUUCAUUUAUGUGAUUUUGUGUUUAAUACGAAAGAAUUGAUUGUUAAAUCAUUUGUUGUUCA